CACCGCGGUGGUUUAUUUUUUGACGAGGUUAGUGAUAAGUUUAUUUCGAAAUUAUUGUUUUCCUCAUUGAAUUGUUGAAAACAAAUACUCGAAUAUGUGUUAAAAUUAACAGUUAUAAGUUAGCAAACAAGUUUUAUUUAACAUAACGGCAAUGUUCAUUCAGCUUUAGCGUUCAUUGAAAGGACGCGUUAUUUGAGAAUUUUCUGAUAAACUUACGUUCGGAUUUCAAAGUGCUUUUCAAGCGAUUUAACCAUUGGAAUUGCGGGAGAAUGGUUUUGGCAAAGGGCCUGAAGCCCACACAGGUGUUAGCGGUGAUCUUGAGCGUCCGGAUCCUGUCGGUGUUCCUGGUGCAGACCUGGUACGUGCCCGACGAGUACUGGCAGACCCUGGAAGUGGCUCACAAGCAAGCAUUUGGAUAUGGAGUCCUAACCUGGGAGUGGCAGAAAGGGAUCCGAAGUUACUUGUACCCCAGUGUCAUAGCAGUUCUGUAUACCAUACUGAAGUUUACUGGCUUGGACUAUCCACAGGCUGUGAUUUUCACUCCCCGAAUCCUCCAAGCAUUACUAAGCACGGCGGCAGACUACAGCUUCUAUAAAUGGACGGGAGGCAGAAAGUGGGCCUUGUACCUCAUCCUGACAUCUUGGUUCUGGUUCUACACGUCGGGUCGGACGCUGCUGCAAACUUUGGAGACUGUGCUGGUCACCAUAGCCCUGUCCAAAUUCCCCUUCAAAGCGGGAAAACUUGCACAGUAUGAAAAAGAGGACAACAGCUGGGUGUGGCUGGCGUGCCUGUCGGUGUUCGUGCGGCCGACGUCCGCGCCGCUGUGGGCCGUGCUGGGCGCCUACAACUUGGCCACCACCAACCAGGGCCGGCCGCAGCUGUUGCUGAAGACUUAUCUGCCUAUUGUGCUGGUGUCAAGCGCAGCGCUCAUCGCCCUGGACUCGUUCUGCUACGGAAGGUUAAUUGUUACCCCCUGGGAGUUCUUCAGAUAUAAUGUGCUUCAGGAUGUUUCCUCCUUUUACGGGACACACCCAUGGCACUGGUACAUAACGCAAGGCCUGCCGGCCGUGCUGGGCGUCAACAUAGUGCCGGUGGUGUUGGGCGUCGUCGCCGUGCUGCGGAGGCCCCGCGAAAACCGGAUCGGGCUGGUGCUGCUCGCCGCCGCCGCGCUGCACGUGGCUGUGCACAGUUUGAUACCGCACAAGGAGUUCCGCUUCGUGCUGCCGCUGCUGCCCAUCCUCCUGUACCUGGCCCAAGACGUGUUGGUUCCGUGGAGCAGGAAGGCGUUCAAGUGGCAGCUGUACCUGGCGGCGGCGGCGCUGCUGGCGGGCAACCUGGUGCCCGGCCUGUACCUCGGCCUGCUCCACCAGCGCGGCGCCAUCGACGUGAUGCCGCUGCUGCGAGAUGCUGUCCCCAACAACCGCUCGUCCAUACUGUUCAUGAUGCCGUGCCACUCCACGCCGCUCUACAGCCACCUCCACGUGAACGUGACGACGCGCACCCUCAACUGCGACCCCCCGCAGCGCGGCGAGAUGUACGAAGCCGAGGCCUUCUACAACAACCCCGCGCGCUGGUGGCGCCUGGAGUACUCCACCCGGCAGCCCCCCGCGCUGCUGGUGCUGUUCGACGUGCUGCGCGGCCGGGUGGAGGAGCUGCUGCGAGGGUACAAGCUCAUCCACGAGCUGCCUCACACGCAGUUCCCGGAACGCGAAGUCGGGGAGAAAAUACUAGUGUAUCAGAAAAUAGAAGCGCAGGCGCGCGCGCAGCCCUCGGACGACAUCGUGCAGUGAUCCACCACCACACACAGACGACGUGGCGUGGUCGGUCGCCACAGACGGACGAACGCACUGUUAGUAUAAUGUACUAGUAUCAUAUCGUCCAUGCGCAUCAACAUAUACGCAUUUGAUUUCACUUUCCACAUAUAUUUUUUUCAGUUUUUUUAAAUGAUUUUUUUUUUCAAUAAUUUGUAUUAUAAAAUUUAACUAAAAUCUAAAUAAAAAUAAAUUAGAUGAACAAACGAUUAAUGUAUUUUUUUAGUAAAAUAAUCCCUUCAUAAACUUUAUGAAGGGAUAGGAUUUUGAGAUUUAUCAGAUUAAGUAGUUAGAAUUUUGUUAGAAUAAGAUCCUUUAGGGUCUAUUUUCAAUAGCCAAUUAUAACAAAAUGAUGACGAUUUUAUAUUAAAAAUCUAAGAAAUGUAAUUUUUGUCGUCUAUUAAAGUUUAUUCAGUGAUUCAAAAAUCAAUGUGUAAUAUUUCACUCAAUUAUUUAUAUCGUACAUAAGCACAAUUAACACAAUGGCGUGGUGUUAUACUAUCAUAUUGUUAUAAUACAAUAUUUUAUACUAUUACAAAUUACUAUUUAUGAAAAUAGUAAGGCUUUUUCAACAAAUUAUGACAUUUUUCAAUGUAUAAUUCAGAAUUUGACAUUUAUUUUCCCCAAUGCAUUUUCUUAUAAUAGUUUUAUUGGAGUGUAUUCAUCGAGAAAGCUGCAUUCUGUACAACAAAGCCGCCGGCUUUAGUGUGUUGAGCUGAAUUAUGUCCAGAUUUAUAUACAAAUUAAAUAUUAUGUUAAGUAUAGAUAGAUUUUUGUACAAAUACAAUUAGAAUUUCGUCCUGUGUCUGGAUCCAAUAGAUUUAGAUUUAGACGUAAGUUAUGAAAUAUGACUAUCUGUCAAUUGCGUCACACAAUUUUUACAGUUAUUGACUGAUCGAAAAACUACAUGACAUUAGCAGCCAUAGAUUGAAAUAGUUGUGAUUGGCUGAAUUUCUGUUAUUCUUGCUGCAAACGUGCGUUUUAGCCAAUAGCGUGAGAGCGUCGGCCAAACUUCGGCGCUCACGCCCCUAAGUUGCCUCAUGUAUGACGUAAUUGAUACAUACUCUGAAUUUAUACUAGAAAUGAAAAUCACUCAUUUUAUUUAUGUUUUUGGUUUGGAAUUUUGAUUUCUAAAUUUAAGAGUAAUUAAUUAUCAAUUAUUUUUUAAUUUUAAGAGCGAUAAUUCAAAUUUCGCAAAGAUCGCAUGUUAAUUUUGGCAUUUCAUACUUUAAUAUAUUUUGUAAGAAAAUCUUACAAAAAAUCCAUAGUUUUUUAACUUGGUUAUUACAGGUGUCUCUAAUUUCUUAACGAAUUAUUUAACAACUGACUUGCCAAAGCUGAACAAAACUUAGAUUAAACAUUAUUAUAGACAAAUGCUAACCAAUAACAACGCUGUCCUUUAUUGCUACCACCGACAAAUUCACAAUAGAUUUUAGAAAUCGCUGCUUCCGAAUUAGUUUUUAGUAUUCCUAAAGGUUCCCGCCACUGGUUGUUGUGAAUGUUUAUGACGUCACAUUUCAUUAUUUCAAACAAGCUUUCAUACUAAGCGCGCGACGUUUGACGCAACACCUCCAUUGUAAGUACAUUGCAAAGAGAACAUAGACACUGCAUUGUAAUUUGUAGUGUACCUACAGUGGGCGAUGCACUUUAGCCCAUUUUUGUCUCUAGUACUUUUAAUUGUUUUAGAUUAAUUUUCUUGGCUAUCUUUUAACGCUAAUCUCUAAGUUAUAACAUAAUUUGUAUUGUUUUAAUAAUUAUUUUAUUUCCUUCGAAUUGCAAUGAGUUUAGAUAGAUUAUAAUAUAAUUUUUUCGUGUUUCUAGUAAUGUAAGAUAUCGUAUUGUAAGAUAUUUGUAUUUACGCCCUGGCAUAUACAAAAGGUACGGGGGAGGGAAGAACCCGAAUGUUCACUACAAUUCGUUAUUUAGGUACACUACGUAUAGGCGCUUACUUACUGAAAAGUACUUUACACAAUUUCCUUAAUUCAUGGAUCUAAACGCCAAGUGAGAUCGAUAUCGCGAGUUUUUGAGCAAGUCUUAUCCAAUACUUACGCGUCAAUGAAAAAUAAAGGGAUCCUAAAAUUGACCGUGAUCUUUAGAGAUCUCUAAAAGAUCCUGUGCUCUAGAGAUCCUUGCAAGAGACCUAUGUCCAGUAGUGGACAAAUUAGAAAAAAAAAACUGGUCCUGUCCUCCCCUUACCUGAGAACGGGAUACAUCCAUGUCGGCCGCCUUGCUCAACACGAAAGACGAGUAUAUUAGGACCUAUUGUCUUAUUAACUACUGGAUUAACAUACAAAGUAUAUUCAUUAAUUAUAUUAGGUGUAAUAUUUAUACCUGAAGUAAGAACGUGUUCAUCUUUUUGACUGACGGUUUACGUGUUUAUGAAGUAUUUUUGUUUGUAACUUAAAUUAUAUAAAGCCACUAUUUAGUGGUAAGCAGUGCUGUGUUGCCUCUAUGGCAUAUAUAGAAGUAUAAAUUCACUUGUAUUUUACUAGUGCUAAGACGGUAAAGUAAGUAACUAUACUAUUUUUGUGCCAAAUAUUUCAGUAAUGUAAAUUUUAAAGAUGUUCGCAUCUAACAUACUUAAUCAAAAUAAUGAAAUCUGUAUAAAAAUAUUUAGUUAAGCUUUUGAAAGUAUAGUUCAUACAAAGUGUCAUGCGCCAUUUUCUAUGGCUCAAUAAUGUCAUGUCUAAAAUACUGUUCACCUUUAGAAUAAGGAAAAAUAACGAUUAAAAUGGCGCUUGAGGAGCCAUUCUUUACGCUUUAUAUUAUAUAACAAUGAUAUCGAAUUUAAUCAUCUACUGGCCACUUAAACAAAAAUCUUUAAAUACGUGAACCGUUUACUUAUAGAACAAUUUGGAGCAAUAAUUUGACUUGGUAAUUAAUUUUGUAGUAAUGUUGUUUUUUUGUGUAAGUAAGUAAAAGAUGUCUUCUAUUUGAAGUGUGAAUUUUAAUAAAGAAUUUAUUUUUAAA